AUGAGGAUUCUGAUCCUCCUUUGGAUAACAACGUACAUGGUUCAGCCAAGCGUAUUUCAAGCUGAAGGAGUUCAGGUUUUCCCACCUGUUAAUUUCACCCUUACAGUCUCUGCAUUAGCAGAAGUAUUUUUGCACUGGAAACCAAAUCCUAAUCAAGAACCAAAAAACUACACUAUUAGGUAUGAUGUGGAAAUCAUAACUCCUGUGCCUGAAGAGUAUGAUACAAAAAAGACUCACAGUUUCCGAACAGCUGUUCUCCACAACGGUUUCUCUGCACGCGUUCGGACGUUACUUCUCAUUAAUGACCUUCAGAUGAAAAGUGACUGGGCGAGGGGUGAGCUGAAGCCUCUGCCUGGUGCUCCAGAGACAUCAGUCACUAAUUUGUCCUGUUUUAAUUACAUCAACAUGUACAAUACUGUUUCUCUCCAUUGUACUUGGUUUCCUGGUAAAGGGGCACCAGAAGAUACAGAAUACUUUCUAUUUUACAGGUAUAAGACCUACACUGAAGAAUGUCAAGAUUAUAUCAAGGACAAGUUGAACAGAAAUAUUGACUGCAGAUUUCCAAGGACACAUAUUGAUCCUGAAGAGGCUGAUGAUCUCAUUAUAAUACAUAUUAAUGGAUCUAGCAAGUACACUGCAAUUAAACCUCUUCAGCAGUUAUUUAACCAAAAUGCCAUUGAGAAAGUGAAUGUUCCCAGAAAUGUCACGGUAUUCUUAGAGCAAAAUGAUCUCUUGGCCAAGUGGGAAAAGCCAAUUUCUUCUUUGCCUAAAGAGUGUUUUGAAUAUGAAUUUUACCUCUGCAACUUGAAGUCAGGUAACAAGCAGAUAAUGAAAGUAUCAUCAAAUGAUUUCAGAUUAAGAAUUGAUGUUACCUGUAGAUACUCCAUACAGAUACGAGCUAAUCAUUACAUAUGUCGUAAAAGAGGAUUUUGGAGCGACUGGAGUGAAAUUCUUUAUGUUGGAGAAAACAAACAAGAAAAUUCCAUAGCCUGGAUUCUCACUCUGCUUUGCAUGUCCUCAUGCUCCAUAGCCUUGCUUGUUGCAAUAAUGUGCAAAAUAAACCACGUAUGGAGUAAACUGUUUCCACCAAUUCCAACACCCAGAAACAAAUUUAAAGAUCCCUACCCAAAUGGCUAUCAGAGGGCACGCACCUGCACCAGCGAGACGGAGACGGAGCUGGGGAGCUUCACGGAGGAUUUCUGCUCCGGCAUCGCGGAGGAUUCGGUGUUCUGA